AACGCUACAACAGAGCGCGAAAGAUGAGUGACAACAAAACAAACGUCGAAGUUCAGUCCAACGUUGUUGAUCCAUUUAGCAACAUGGCGGCGAAUAGUCCUUCGACCCAACCGAGCGAAAUAGCGCCAAAUCAACAUGGAGGAGUUGAGCUCCCACCACCGUAUUCACAAGUUCCAAUGGUGCAGUAUCCAAACCAAACAGGACCACCUCAAUCAGCACAGCAACAAUACACAUGGAAUCCCCAUCAAGGUACAGGGUGAUAAAACUCGAUCUGGUAGUUUAUUGGCAAUGAACUUGCACAAUAGGACGGCAGAGGAAAGAAGACGGCCAACCUUAUGCUAUGAACAGCGUGACAAUGGUUAUAUGUGCAGAUUUUGUUGUUUUCCGUCUUUUUUCUCCUGCCGUCCUGUUGCAUAAGCUCACUAAUUAAUUACCCACAUGUGUUGGAUUACCUUAGGUCUCUAUGUAAAAGCGAGGCCAAGUGCGAAGCCAUUGAUAUGAAAAGCAUUUUUUGUUAUCAUGCAAAUAAAACCUAUUUUCACAAGAAAGGUUUGCACCUUGGCUCGUACUUUUGAAAGUGAGAGUUUUUGGAACUCAGAAAAUGAAAUGGCCUAGUGCAAAUGAUCUAAUAAACUCCUGGGGUGUGGGGGUGCUUAAUAGAUAGGACCAUUUAAAAGAGAGAGACAUUUUUAUAACAUAGCGCGCGUGCUUGCCCUAUAUAACUCCUAUUGAGCCGCUAUGAACAAAAUCUUUAUUUACGCACGCCCGUGCGUAAAUAAGAUGACGUGAGCAUUGUUUUUUUACCUGGGUGCAAAGUUGUCUGCCCAAUUUUUCUAUCGGCAUUGACCUUUUAGGUCCUGAUCCAACAAGCAGCAAAAAUAAAGCCGAAUUAAAAUAAAAAAUCUCGCAAGUUGCGCGCCGUUCGCAAAUUUGUCGAAGACCAGCUGCAGCAAAUUUUGGCCGAAAGACAUUCACUGGGAACAGAACAGACACCAACUGGUCAUCAACAACAUUUAAAGGCAAAAUUUCCGUUUUUAUUGCUGUUUUUGAAUUUGUUAUGCACUUUUGUUAUCUCCGGACAAUCCGACUGAAGCAGGAAAAUUUCUAUCGCAAUAACAACACAAAUUACACAAGAAGACAUAAAUUUAUUACUCACAAAAACAACUGCUGCCAGGUCUCCUCAAGAAGCCGUAAUGACCAGCCAAUGUUCGUAAAUGAAUAUAAGUUUAAAGAAGGAUGACAGUCGUCUUCACUAAAAACAUGUUUUCUGGAUUUCGCUGAGCAAAACGUAAACAUCUUUUCAGCAAAUCCAAAUCAUACUCCACGACUUCUUAUGAACAUGUUAGUUUUAACUUUAGGUGAACUUUAAGACUCUUUUACCUUUGUUUCUGCUUAGUUUCCAUUGAUCGUUAACGAAUAAAGAAGCAAAUUUUCUUUCUCACUUUUACAGAAAGGAUAUUUUCAUUCAAACUAGACGAUUGUGGCGUGUUCAUAAUCAGCCAAUAGAACCGUUUGUUAUUGUGUCACACGUUAAGAGAAUUUUGCAGUUAAUCAAAAAGCAUGCAUUUUUGUGAGCUAUGUUAUAAAAGAAUUUGCUCAUGCUUUUAGCUGUGCGUAUAUCGAGUUAUGGAUGCACUUGGGAAGUUUGGAGAGCACUCAAGAAGCUAGAGUUGCACUCGGCUAUCGCCUCGUGCAACUCUUACGCAUCUUUCGUGCUCUCCAAACUUCCCGCGUGCAUCCAUAACUCGAUAUACGCACGCUAAGCAUGAACAAAUUCUUAAAUUUUCAUAACUGUAACAAGCUCGACAACACUACAAAGCUUUCAGCAAAAAUAUCAAGAGAGUUAACACAUGUAUCGUUGUAGCUGAGUAUCCACUCCAUCAAUAACAAAUUAUUGAUAUGUAUGGGCCAUCUAGAGAUCCAUAUCAUUCUUUCAAAUCGCAACAUCAGAGUCAGAAUCUUGGCUCAGGGUUAUUGUGUUACCAUCAUUAGUCUAGAUUCUUAGGCCCAGUUCAAAUGUCGAAUUUCACAUGUGCCGAAAUUAAUUCCUAUUUUAGUCGACUAAAAAUAGCUUAAUAUGGCAUUUGAUUCAAAUGUUGAAUUUAACUCUCUGAACUCUGUUGAAUUUAACUCUGUUUGCUGUCAAUAUUCCCAGUAAUAUAAUAAUAAUUUACCAAAAUUCAUGCAUUAAGUUUGCCACCUGUGAAAUGCAAUGUAUGAAUCAGAAGUCUAGCCUAAGUCAAAUCUUUGACUGUUUCAGUCCCAGAUACAGCAAAUGUGGCAUUUAAUUUAAAGAGUCGAAUUAAAUUUAUUCAAGCAUCGCGCCUCACAUGUAUUUAACUCUUGCAUUAAGUAUUCGGCACAGGUGAAAUUUGACGUUUGAACCGGGCCUUAGUUUGAACUUGGCAUUGAGCAAGAUAAAGUACACAAAGCCUGGUUAAUCAACCAAGAAUCUGAAUGAAUUGAAUGUUUCUCCUCCUUUUUGCUAUUUCCUAUUAGUUUGGAGCACUUCUCAAAGGGGGUAUCUGUUAGACAGGGGGCAAUGUGGCAAUUUGAAUUCAUUAUUGGUGACCUUCUUUGGGAAAACAUACACUAACGAUAUUCUGUUAAACUGUUAAGACCGUUAACUAGCUGUUAGUCAUGCAUUAGUCAAAUCAAUGGAAACCAGUAGAGGCAUUUGGCAAUCCGUUAGCAACUUAUCUGUAUCCGCGUGAUUGUUUGUUGUAUCCAUCAGAUACCUUAGACAGUUUGUUAGCAUCUGAUCUUAAACCGUUUGCCAUAUCUGUUAGCAACAUUUGUUGCAAAAGUUGCUUCUAUAGCUGCAAUUAUCUACUUUCAUGUAUUUCUUCACCCCACAGUUCACCUAUAUGAUUUUCAUAUAUUCAUAACUUUAUUAGUCAAUCCAUCGAUCUUUACCUUGCUCUAUGGUAAUACUCUGUUGAGAAGAAGUUCUUAGGGAGAAUGUCUUUUUGUGGGUCUGUAACACCCUUGCUUCAGAUUAAGAAUGCUCUUGAAAGUCCAAUUGUCAACAUCAUUUUACAGUUCCUUUCAAAUGGUUUUGAUGUCUGUUCAUAAAUGUGUAGCAUCAGCUGAAGAACUCCAUAUAGUGGUGUUCGAAGGUAAAUAGUAAAGCAUAAAUCUCCACAAAGAAGUAUUUGAACUUCGGGAAAUGAAAUACACAUGCAUUUAGACAAACUUAUCUUUAGAAAUUCCAAAAAAAUAUUAUGUGUGUUAUUAAAGAAAAAAAAUCAUUAGUUUUGCUUUGCUUCCCAUAUUUGUGUGCAGUGAAACUUAAUUCAUUUCAUUGCCUAGCACGUGAUUGAAAGUGUCCUCCAAAAUUUCACUUCAUGGUCCAAAAGAAAUGUUGUUGAUAGUUCAGGCAAAGAAGUUGAUUUGGCGAGAACUCUGUUUGGCAAACAGCAUGACCUCUUUGGUAUUUCAUCAGAAGUCAAUAUUAAAAAUUCAGACAAGCUUUUAUUGCCUUGUCAUGCAAUGCUUUAACGCGAUGGCUCAAAUGUCAACAGAAAUUUGCAUAAAGUUGUUUACAAGAAUUUCAAGAAUGAAGCACCAAUAUGACGCUUCCUCUUGAUUAACUCAAUGUUCUAUCAGACUAAUCUGCAAUAGCACUUUGCACCAAUGACGUCACAAAUUACUGGUCCCUGCUGUGACUCAGACAUUGAACCUGAUCAGUAUAAGACUUUAAAUUGUAUGGGAAAGUCAUGUUCGCCAACAAAUUUUCGUUAUCUUUGAAGAUUUUUACCGUCAAAAGAAACGAAAUCCAGCUUGGCUUCGAUAACAUAUAUCCUGAAAAUAAUAAAUGUGUGCCAUGACAAUGUUAAACAUGGAAAAAACUGUACAUAUGAGUGAUUUUAUUUCUAAUGCGGUGUCAUUACUGUGGGUGAAAUUAAGUUACAGCACUUAACUAAGAAAUGCAUGGAGAGCAGGGCUUCAAAGCUGUUCAUAAAACGGUACAUUUGGUUAAAUCUAUAGGCCAAGGUUGCCCAAGUUUUGUUUUCGAGUGCUGAUAUUACGCCACUUAGUACUGCGGGAUAUAAAGUACUGUAUAUAUGGUACCUACCUGGCUGCACAGCAACACAACAAACUUUUACAAUUUCCAGUUUGUGCUAAUGUUGGUGUGCUUUUCAGCUUAGAAAUCCCGCCACAGGCUCGCGAAAAGCAAAUGCAAACCCAAUUUUCUCUUUAGCAAUUUCGGUUUUGGAGUAUUACACAGCCAGAAAUGUUGUGCCAUGUUUCGGUGCAUCGAGUGCUAUCUGACUAAAACAGAGCUAGGGAUCUGAUUUCAAUAACCUUCUUUGAUCGGUCCCUUUAUUUUCUGCUUUUAACUGUUUAUAUUUGUGUUACUUGGACCAGUUUUUGCUCCCUAUAGCAAUAAUGCCUUUCAUAUAUUAAAAUAAAACUCAAAAAACAUUUUAAAAAUGCUCAUUGCGAAUUUUAUGAACAAUUUUCAAGUCGGAAACGCAUGUUGCUCAUACAAAGGCUUUGAGUAAAAUGCAAAGUUUGUCUGUGUCGUGGGGGGUCUAGGGUGGCAAACCUAUUUUUAGAAAUAGCACAAAGCGCUAUUGAAUCCGCAAUUGAGAUGCAUGUUCCACCUACAGAGGUAAUUAUUUUAAAAUCGAUUGGCUAAAAUUUAUUCCCAGAAAACACAGGAGAAUCUGUGGAGAACUGUGAUCGAUUUGCCCAAAAGUUGAUAAAAACUUCUGUUGAAUUCAUCACUGGUGGUUUUCACAAUCCACUUCCCCCCAGAGCCUUAAAAAUAACUAUUUUCCCAGGGAAAGGGGCAACCCCCAGCCGUACCUAACCCCACAUGAAGCAGUCUUUCACUUGAAAGGCUUCCUGCUCAUUUUGAUCUGAUCUUUUGCCACCUAUAAUAAAAUCUUUCUCUAUCUACUCUAAUUUUUUGGAGAACCCUGUGCAAAGGUCUCUGGGUGUUUUUUUUUUCAGGAAUAUGAUUACAGUGCAACUACUGUAACCAGGGCCACUUAGACAAAGUUGACCAAUCAAAGUUGACCCCUAAGGCUGAAAAUGUCACUGGGAAACUGUUUUUUGGUUCCAUUAUUUUAAGACCAUAGUAACGAAACAGUACCAGAAACGAUCGUUACCGUGAAAUCCUAGGACUUGAAAUACUUUCCCUAAUGCCAAGAAAUACCCCAUAUACCCAACAAGAUGAAAAUCAGCUGUGAUGUAUAUUAAUAAUAAUAUCAAAGUUGAUAAAAGAAGCCCAAGAGGAAUCCCUUUAUAUUACAUUAAAUUUCAGAAAAUUACAGAAAAAAUAUUUGAUGCAAUGAAAGUAAUAAUACAACAAAAGCUUUUUAGCACCUUCUUGCUCGAUAUCAUUCCGAUUACCAAUAUUCAAGGCUGACAUACAUGUACAUGAUAUAGCUAAUAAUAUAUAGAUUUAGCCAAGCUGAAAAGCAAAGCAUCUGUUUAUAUAGUUUUAACUUAAAAUAUGAAAGAAAUAGUGAUCUAGGAUUAAACAUCUGAAAUGAAGUCUUGGUAAGAGACUUCAUGGUAAGAGUUGAAAAGUGAAUUCUUCCAGUUUUGUUUGGGUUUUUGUUUGUUGUUUUUAGGUAAGAAAGAAAUCUGAUGUGGUUUUGUUUCUGUCUGAAGCCCUUUUUUGAGAAUGACAGGAAAAUAGUUUGCUUGUUCAGAGUAAAAAAUUUGCAGUUAAAUACUAAAACUCGCACUUACUAACAAAACCACGCAGAAAGUAUGGACACUUUUGAUAAACUUUUGACUACACUGUACUUUCACUCUAAGAUAGUUUCGGAGCAAUAGUUAGUGAGACUUGACGUUUAUUCAAAAUUGAGAAAUACGUGUAGGAUUUCAGCAAAGCAAAAACCUCAAUGUUGAGUACCACUCAGAAUUCGCCAGUCUUCUUAUGCACGUUUAGUUGGGUUUUUGUUUGUUUUUGUUAAUUUUUUUCAAUUAUUUUAGGCUACCCACCAUUCCCCCAACCAGGAGCUCAACAACAUGCACAGUUUCAUCCCCAAGGAUUCCCUCCUCAAACAGGCCCACAAGAAGUACGUGUUCAGCAGGAGCAUGUCAUCCGACAUGGAAUUGCAACAGCAGUGAUGACACGUAGAUUUGUGGCACGAAGAAGCUGUACAUGGCGACUUACCAGGUUGGGAAUCAGCCUUUUCUUGGUGGGAAUUAUCCUCCUUAUCAUUCUGGGUGUUCUUAUUGUCGGUCCUACGCUUAAUGAUCUUCGUCUUCAGCGUACUCAGUGUCAGGUUCUUUCCAGUGAAAUGACUACAGAGUAUAAGAGCUGUGACUGUGGUCGUUAUUGCACCUCAUCUUACCCUUGCUUACAGAUUCAAGUUUCUUACUACUCCAGUGGAAAACGGCAGAAAGGUUAUCUGUAUCAAGAUGUAUACGAUGAUAAGAAUAAGGUGAGUAUAAUCUAAAAGAAGCACUUUAUUCGAGUGUCAAUGUAUUUAGCAUGAAAGUACUAAUUGAGGACACUAUUUUUAUGUCCCCUACUGGAGACGGGACUGCCAUUUUUAGGUGGACAUGCAAGCCAUGUUAGGUUAAAGGUUAAAGGCAUGUUUAUAGUGGAAGGUGCACUUAGCUAGUCAGCUAAUUUACAGGCUCUCCACUCAAAUAUUUAGAAACAAAUAAUUCAAAUACAACAUAACAGGAUUAAAAACCCCAACUGGCAGAAGGCAACCAGUUGGCUAUUUACAAGCGUGGCCGAGGAUUUGAACUCGGAACGACCGAGCACAAAUCCAGCAAGUGGUCAGAGCGGGACUCGAACCCGGGACCGCCGGAUUGCGAGUCCGACGCGCUGACCACUCGGCCACGCUGCCUCCCUAUCCAUUUGCAUGCAGGGGAAACUCAGUACAUUCAUUUCUCUGUUAUUUUAAAACCCUGAGUUUUGGUCUGGCCCUAGGAAUUAAACCCACGACCUCCUGCUCUGUAGUCAAGCACUCUACCAACUGAGCUAAUCCUAAUAUAACUUGUAUACAGUCAGUUCUCUCUAAGAGAGACACCUUUGGGACUGGUACUGAGUGUCUAUCUCAGAGAGACAUCCGUCUUAUAGAGAGUCAAAUAAAGGGAGCAAAGAGAGGUAGUGAUCAACUCAAGCAGGGUUCGUACAGGUCAUGGAAAACCUGGAAAGUUGUGGGAUUUAUGAAUUUCAUUUUCCAGGCCUGGAAAAUCAUGGAAUUUAAUAGGAGGCCCUUGAAAGUCAUGGAAAAUUAAAGUUGUGUUUGGUAGUUUGGUUACUGCAGAUGACAAAGCAAAGACAAUGUAAGAUAGAGAGGAGUAAUUAAACAUGCUACUAAAAAAUGUUAACUGUAUACAUGUACCGACUGAGAUUUUGAAAAAUUAAUCGUAACAUUGCUUUGGCCCAAUAAUCACAACUUUGUGACAAAAUUAAGACAGAAUCCACCAGGAAAUUGAGUAAUUUUAAUUUUCAGUGGACAAAAGCCUUGUACCAGAAUAAUUUAAAGAAUAAAUUGUGUUCUUUUUUACCUUUCAAGGACUAAAGAUGUAAUUAGUCGUUUGUAAUAACACUAAAGGAAAUUUCUUGUGGAAACCUGAGAAAAUGAAUGAAAGAUUUCACAAAAUAUUUACAUCUUACUCUUACCUGUAUUUUGACAAGUGAAAUUUGACAUUCAUUUUCUCGGACUUCCACGAGAAAUUUUCUUUGGUGUUAUUAAAGAUGACUAAUUACAUCUUUAGCCCUUGAAAAAUGUAUUAAAAGAAGAAUGCAAUAUUUUUAAAAGUAAUUAUUCUGGUACAGGUUUUUGUCCACUGAAAAUGAAAAUUACUCAAUUUCCUAAUGGAUUCCAUCUUAAUAUCUUGUCUUUGUUAGUGGAUGAAUAUUAUUAUUGUUGUGAGAUGUUGGGAAGAGAAUUAACAAGUUUGAACUUUGUGUAACAUUGUCACAACAUUUCUUUUGUUCUCAAAAGUAAGGCUGUUUGAACAUCUCUGAUAAAAAAAUGUUUUUCUUGUGGAUGUAGCUAAUUUUAUGAUUGACAUAUCUUUUAAUCAUAUUUAUCUAUCGAAAGAACUAUCUUCUCUUCCCCUCAACUGCUGCCUGUACUCCUAACAAACAUAUCGAACGCACUCUCCUAAGCUUCAAUUACUCCUAGUUGUUAUCAUAAACAUGACUUUAUAGGGGUAGUGCAAUUACUUAUGACCCAAUAGUUUUCAUUGUGAUCCACAAAUUUUGGCAGAAACAAAUAACUGAAAUACCCAUAACGAGGGUAAGAAUUCCAGGUUGGCGGAGUGUCUAAGGAGUUGAUCUUGGGACCUCUGAGAUCAAAAUAAAUCCAGCUAGCAGUUAAUAAUGGUAAUAGGACUGAGUGGAGUCUAAUUCGAGUGAUUAACAGAAACCUGCAGUUGUCUGAUUUGUUUAAUGACAAGUAUGAUUACAGACCAAAUUGGAUGACACGACGUAAGCAAUCAAAGCAAUUAAUCAUAACUGUAACAAAACUUAUGAUAUUUUAGUUUAAUUAAAAUAAGAAAUUCUGAGAGUUUUUUUGUUAGCAGUAAAAAAAGCCAUUUAAAUGUGCACAUGCAAUGGCACAUACUGUCCAAUUACUUAGGAAUGACGCGUACUGUGCUGUUACACUGUCCUAUUAGUACUGAAAUCAGGACAAUUGAUAGCCAAUCAGAUUUGUGCAUUUUGUUAUUAAGUUAUGAUUAGUACAGGAAUUGAAGUCAGGGCCUCAGAAUUGCAAUUCCAAUGCUCUAACCACUCGGCCUCACAAUGUCGUGGGCAACAAACAAUAUGAAAUGCUGUGAGAAUGCUGUUUGAUUCAAAGAUCAUUUUUGGAGUUUGUGAUGAGUCAGCCUAUUCAUAUCAGGACUUAUUUUUCAUUACAGUGCAGUGUUCAACCAUGUUAUUCAGAAGAAAAUAUCAACUAUUAUGAUGUAAAAGACUUCAAAGAAGAUUACGGCACUGUUGGUCAGUCAUUUGCUUGCUACUACAACCCCAGUACACUGGGUGAAGUGUUUGUGCAGCAUGCAGAUUCAUCUAGUGAUCACAUGAAGAUACUGCAUAGCAUACUGUGGCCAAUGCUCAUUGUGGUGAUUGCUGCUUCCAUGCUUGGCAUCUUGUUCUGCAAAUCAAAAGGUCAUUGCUGCUACAAGAAGAGUGGUGCACCUGUUCCUUACCAGAAUCUGCAGGCAACAACCUGAAAUAGUUGAGAACUUGCACGGUCAUGAUAUUUUCGAUGUAGCUAGCUGUAUAAUCCAGGCCUAGGCUGUGCUCUAGCAGAGCCUGGUGGCCCAUGGCACCCAAUUUUUGCUCUCUGGUGACUUGAAUGUUAGUUUUUUCCAUGCAAAUCAUUUGCUGGUCACCCUGGAUUUUAUAGGUACAGAGCACUGAACUCCCUUCAAUUUUUCCUGGAGCACAGCCUUGCAUUCCCUGGUUUCUUAAGACAGAGACCAAGUUAUUCUAACCCCAAAUGACUAUCAAAAAUAGUCCAUAAGAAGGUAAGCCUUGUCAAGGGUUUAAGUCAUGCUAUUUCCUAUCUUUUUAAAAUGCUAAUUUGUUUGCAUCAAUUGAAUUCCAAAAAUAAUGGUCCAGUUUUGUUGCUUAGGCAUUAAAACUGUUUCCCGUCAUCUUUUGCAAGGAAUGGCAAGGAUGAUCAUGGAUUGAAACUUGAAAAAGGUUGGGUGAACAUUUUCGAGUGUUUAAGUCCCGAUAGUGACCAACAUCAAUUUUCUCCUAACAAUAUCCAGUAAUUGUCAAGAGAUACAGUUAUGAGAAUUAACAAAUGAUGGCGAAAGAGAAAAUACCUUGUUCUGUUAUUAAAUUCUCUCAACUGAUUUGUAAAGGAAAUGUAUGGAGAUCAGUGUGGAGAAUUUGUAUGUUGAUAUUGGGACUUUUAGUGCUCCCUGUUGAAAUUGGUUUGAUAUCUUGUUCUUAACUACACAGGAGCAUUUUGUGCAUUGGUAACAGCACUAAGUAAUGACCAAAACGGCAAAUAUCCUCAUGACAUAACCCCUUUAAGGUAAACCUUUGGUUAGCUUCAGUCUUCGUGUCAUCCUACAGUGCUUCUCCCCGAGGAUUGCGUGCUGACACAAAGAAUGACUGCACAGAAAAACAGGUUAGCUUUUACCGGUCUUAAAGAACUUCAGUGACCCAGAUGUGUAAGUUUGCAAUAUAGCAUUGGUCAGACUUAGUACAUGGGUGUAACUUGUGAAGAGUUUAAUGCCUUUAACUGUUCUUCACUUAUUAGGACAACACUUAUGUACAAACUUAUGGCAGUGCAGUGAACAGGACUGAUGCUAGGAUUUCAAGUCUGGGUAUAUGCAAUAAGUAGGAAGGGAAUGGAACAUCUAGGAAUAACUUUGGUCCUAUUUAGCCUGUGAACAAGCUCCCUGGGAAAAAAAAGGAGAGCAGCUUGCAACUACAUCUCUGGAAUUUGAAUAUCUGCAUUGAAAAAGUCGAUGCAAAAUGCUGAUUGGUGGAGAUGACAUUAGCAAUGAUGUCAUUACCCUUGGCACGUGUUUUUCAGUGUUUGUUUACAUUCACGCUUGUUUCUACUCCGCUCUCCUUGGCGGAAAUCUGACAGCUCAGUUGACAGGGAGCCUCAGGGGAAUUGGAGGUGGAAUUCAAAUUCCAGAGACAUAGUUGCAAGCUCUCCUUCCUUCCCCCGCCCUGCUGCCAGAGCGCUUUAGAGAGCUUGCUCACAGGCUAGGUCAUGUUUUCCUUUUGUCUCCUGUGAAAGUAGCCAGGAAUCAUGCUCGUAGAAGUUGAGGGAAAUCCCCAGCCUCCAGCCCUUAGUUUUCAACCCUGAGACAAUGAAUAUCCCAAUGGUCAUGCUUGGGCCUGGCUUUAGUGGUCCCCUGUUUAGGUGCAUCCUCCUGUAGAAGUCUUAGUCACACCUAUUAUCUCAAUCCUUAAAUAAACUCAUCUAACAAACUGAUGUCAUUUUUGUAGGCCCCUUCUUGGUGUUUGACUUCUGAAUUGUGUCUCAAGUUUGACAAAUUGACUGUUUGACUUGCUACAUGUAUACUAUUAUUUAUUGAGUACCAGGAGUGUUAGGUCCAUUCCUAGUUGGACCAACACUCAGGGCAUUGUAAUAACUGAUAAGAGGGUGCUGCCUUUGCUCUGACACCUACAUAAGGUCGCACUUGGUAGACUUCAACAGUAAGUGAAAAAAAAAUGUAGGCCCUGUAUCACAACACCUUGAAGCUGAAAUGAGUUGUGGUAUUGUAGGCAUUUUAGGCAUCCUACCGAAAACAGAUAGAUAUUUGCAGGGGCAGCAAGAUUGUUUAUAGUGUGCCCCCUUUCAGUGAAAAUACUGCAAGAGAUAUGACAAAUUAUUUAUGACAGUGACUGUCCCUAGUGCCUGUCGGUCAUGGAUUAUGAGGUUGAGUAGGCGUAGUGCCUCACCUCGUAAGGGACCUUCAAGUGUCCCAUUCGUGUCCAUCCUCUCUGGGCUAUGGCGGGGAUCUUUUAUCUUGUAAAGGUUUUAUUGCCACAUCCAAUACUAUAGAAAAGUUUAAAUAAAUACGGUUCUGUACUUCAUUGUUUAUCCCCGGGGAGUGGGAUUAAUCCCUUACAUGACUAAGGUACAUGUAAUAUAGGUAUGUCAAUGUGUGCCACAAAGAGUAUUCUUUUUUUUUUUGUUAGGGCUUUUGGCCUAAAUUGGGUUUGGGUAUCGUGUAUCGGGAGUUAGUUUUUUUUGUGAUCAUUUGUCCCUUGAAAACAGCGUUUCAAGUCUGAAAUAGGGUGGGAAAAAUUGCAAUUUUUGUUGUUGUACAUCCUCACCCGUAUUUUCCAGAAUUGUCACCUCCCCCGCCCCUUCCCCUCCAGGUAGUGUAUGUUAAUAUACAAGGUACAACAACCCAAAAUACCGGGAGCGGAUCAAUGUAAGGUUCUUGGAAACUGCCCUAAUUGUCUAACUACCCCUCCCCAGUUCACCCUGUCCCCUAGCUCAAUGUUGACUUCCGACUUGAGCAAAAUUUCAGGUCAGGGGUGGGGGGGAUAGAUAGGUCGUCUCCCAGAAUCCUGUGCUGAGUAGGAGCUUGGCAAAUAUAUAGUUGUUACAAUUAUUCCAGUAACUAUAAAUUUGUGUAUUAAGUGAAAAGCGUGGAGUCGGUUUGAAAACCGGCAAUAAGUCCAGGUUAUUAUUUUAGUCUGUGUGGUGUAACAGCACUUUUUGUAGCCCUAUUUUAUAUCUACAGCAAUGCUGCAUUUAUUUUGUAAGGUAGCGGUGUAUAAUAAAGAAACUGGUCUCAAGGUUAUACGUAAAAGAUCAAAUCUCCUUGUUAAUAAACUGGGUAUGUAACCUAGGCAGGUUUUCGUGAGAAAAUUUUGUUCUUCUUUUUGUGUGCCUUCCAAAAAUCUUCAGAAAACAGAGGGCGAAGAGUUUUCGGGUAAUUUUUGUCUGGCUAUGGUGCUGCCCCUGCCUCGUACCCAGAUAUCUCUCUCUCGAUGAAAAUUUGCGC